AUGACUCCACAAAUUCAAAAGCCAGCUCCACAAUUCUCCAAGACUGCCUUGUUGCCAGACGGAUCAUUCGGUACUGUAAACUUGAGCGACUAUAAGGGCAAAUAUGUUGUCUUGUUCUUCUAUCCUUUGGACUUUACUUUUGUCUGCCCAACCGAAAUUAUUGCUUUCUCUGAGAAGGCUGAGGAAUUCAGAAAGAUUGGUGCUGAAGUUAUUGGUGCUUCUGUCGACAGUGAAUUCACUCACUUGGCUUGGACUCAAACUCCAAGAAAGCAAGGAGGUUUGGGACAAGUGAACAUUCCAUUGAUUGCCGAUCUCGACAAGUCCUUGGCUCGUGAUUAUGGAGUUCUCUUGGAAAAUGGUGUUUCUCUCAGAGGAUUGUUCAUCAUUGAUGAUCAACAAAACUUGAGACAAAUCACUGUCAAUGACUUGCCAGUUGGUAGAAAUGUUGAUGAAGCCUUGAGAUUGGUCCAAGCCUUCCAAUAUGUUGCCAAGCACGGAGAAGUCUGCCCAGCAGGAUGGCAACAAGGAAAGCCAACCAUUAAGCCAAAUCCAAAGGACUCCAAGGAGUAUUUCGGUUCUCAAAAUUAA